AUGUCACACCUCGUGUCAGAACACGAGGAAAACGCACCAAGCAUAGCCUUUAAUCAGUAUAAAGACCUGGUUUUUUCGCUAACACCCCCAACUGCAGUCAAACUGAAUCCUCCACGAGAACCACUGCCCAGAGACAAGAAAGGGCGCUUCACAAAGAAAAAAGCCAUUAACCUAGAACUUUCCGAUACCAUGCUUCCAUCCUCACAUUCAUUGCCCUUAGACACUCCAGAGAUCAACCAACGAGCACUAGAACGAGAACACGAGGAGUCAGAACACGAAGUCAUCCAACAGCUAGCAGACGACGAAGAAUCUUUACCAGGAGUGCCAGACCCGUCCACGCUAAUCUUCCCAAACCUUCAGUCUCCUAAGCUCAUACCAAUUGUCAUCCCCCCACCCACGCCAAAUAAGCCAGUCAACGUUAUGACAGGUGUUCCACUACCCGCAUUGUUCCAUGGGAAAGAGAGCGAGAACGCACAAAACUUCCUGCGAAGCACGGAAGCAUACUUCCUAGUUAACCAAAUCGCAGAUGAAGCUAUCAAAGUCGCACUAUUCGCAGCAUUGAUUUCAGCAGGCUCACAGGCAGACCAUUGGUGGACGAACCUUGAUGCACAGCACAAGACUUUGUGGAGGAACGUCAAAGCAGCCUUCAAAACAAAGUGGCCAGCAAUAACCGUAGCAGGAAAGACUCAACUUGAGUAUCAGAAAGAGUUAUUAGCACUACGGUUGAAAGAAGAAGAUGUAGGAGAACACCUCACCUUAGCUGAAAUCACCACCUGGUCCCACAUACACUUCCAUAAUCAACUCACGACGCUGGUACAAGAUGCAGGCGUAGCAAACACACCAGUCUUGAUCCACCAGGUCUGA